AUGAAGCGCUCUCUGUCGAACCUCGAUCCGAGUCUACGCCCGUUCCAGCAGCACCGCCAGCCUCCUUGGGCCCGCGCGUUGUCGCGCGCAGCCGCUACCUUCUCUCGCCAUCGCUACCCUACAUCGCACGUUUCUUUUCGUCACUCCUGGUCUUAUCUCACCCUUUCCGGAUCACGACACCUAUACGUUGGCAUACCUGGCUUCUUCGACGCGUUCUUCGGAGAUGUGCCAGGUCUGAGACCGGCGGCACAGGCCGUGUUCGACAAGUGCCAGGGAGGAGAUAGCCCUCUCUACCGGUUGGCGAGCGGCUGGCAAGGCUGGCCUGAAGGGGCGAAGGAAAAUGAUGUUCUGAGCUGGUUUGCUCCGCUUACAGACCGGCUGUUGGACCUUGCAGAAGGGCAUCGGCCGAUGUCUGGAAUACGCCGGCGACCAUUAGCCCAGCCGCACCAGCCUCUGCAAGGCUCCACUGCCAAUCGCAAGCUGGACAUUGGCUUUGUGGACGAUCCGAAUGCCGGCGUGAACUCGAAAUGUCGAUGGUCACAGAUCCUCAUACCUGGAGAGCUCAAGAGCAAUCCGUCAGCCGACAAAGCGUCUAAGGCAUGGCUCGAUCUCGGCAGAUACGCGAGAGAGGUGCUCGCUGCUCAAGACAGCCGCCGCUUUGUUAUCGGCUUCACUCUCUGUGGACCCUUCAUGCGGCUAUGGAUAUUCGACCGACUUGGGGGCAUCGCUUCCGAGCAGUUCGACAUCAACGAAGAUGGAUUGCAGUUCGUGUCUGCAAUGCUUGGGUUUCUCUGGAUGAACGAAGAGCAGCUGGGGUUCGAUCCGACGAUUGUCACAGUCGGAGACAAGCGGUACAUUGAGAUUGAGCGGGAGAAUGGGAAAGAGUGCCUUGUUAUUGACAGGUUGAUAAAACGGGUGCGUUGUGUUGCUGGCCGGGCAACGACUUGCUGGAGAGUCCAUCGGGAAGGUGAUCCCGGCACGCCGCUGGUUGUCAAGGAUUCAUGGCAGUAUCCGGAGCGCGAAGAGGAAGGCGAAUUGUUACGCGAGGCGACUGAGAAGGGGGUGAUGAACGUUGCGAGGUACUUCCACCAUGAGACGGUCAGUGUAGGCAGUCGAGACGACGACAUCCGCGCAAACGUACGGAAAGGCCUGGACAUAACGAAGGCGACGAACUACAAGCCAGAAAAGCCAAUGCCACCGCCGAGCACGACCAGACGGCGGGCCUCGCAAAGAGACAGAAGUAGCAGCAGCGUCGGUGGGCGGAAGCGAUCCUUGAGCUGCACAUGUCUGCCAUUGCCGCCUAGCAAGCGCACUUGCUCAAGCUCUCCAACAAAACCUGCAAUCGUGAACCGGAUCCAUCGUCGUGUCAUCGUCCGCGACUACGGGAAGGCCAUUUACAAAGCGAGCUCUCAGACUAGCCUGCUUGCUGCAAUGGAAGGCUGCAUCACCGGAUACGAGUCGCUUCACACACGGGCUGGCAUGCUACAAUGCGAUAUUUCACCAAACAACCUUAUGAUCAACGAGGAAGACAAUGAUCCCUCCUGGCGCGCGUUUUUAAUCGAUCUUGAUCUUGCAAUCAAAGAGAAUCGCGAAAAACCAUCCGGGUCACGAGGGAAAACCGGCACGCGAGCGUUCAUGGCAAUUGGAGUGCUUCUAGAGGACGAAAUGCAUUCGUUUAUGCACGACCUCGAGUCAUUCUUCUGGGUGCUUUUCUGGAUAUGUAUUCAUUACGAUGGGCCGAGCGAAGGAAGAGUUGUUCCACAAUUUGAAAAGUGGAAUUAUAUCGACACUGAAGAGCUGGCUAAAUUAAAGAAAGGAGAGAUUACGGAGGAAGGUGUUCCCCAAUGGUGGGAGGUGGAGGGUUCCGAAUCCAAAGCUGUACUCGGAGAUGAAAGAGAUACUUCGGGCAGCACAGGAUGA